GACACAAACAUUUUGCUAUUUCCCCUCCCCUUUUUUGUGUUUUGUUUACGUUUGCGUGUUGUUCCCCCUUUUUAUUUUCUGUCUGCGCUUUCUCCUCGUCGAAUUUGGUCUACCCUUAUCGUUGAAUUUUUCGCACGAUUAGAUGUUACCAGAAUCCGGCACGUGCUUAGGAUGACGAGUCUUUCUAAAAGUAGCCGUCGUCGUCGCUCCGCCAUAACUAUCGGUAGUAAUGGCGGAGGCGUUAGUAGUAGUAGUAAUAGUCAUCCUCUUAGUCAUAGCAACAGUAGACGUCUACCAUUUUAUCCGUCAUCCAAAAUCAAGUCGUCCGUCGCCUGGCGGAUGUUGGCCAGCAAACCAGUCAGACGUCAGUUUGCAUGGGGUAGAUUGGUUGAGGCUGUUUCGUCAUCAGCUCGCUCUUGGUUGGCUCGUCCCACUUUGUUACUUUGAUUGCUGCUGGUGGUGGCCUCUUUUCUCCUUCUUCUACGAUUUUGGUGUUGAUUUUUUCACUUGAUUCCUUUUCCUGUCCAAUCCUUUCCCUUUGCGCACCUCUAUACAGUCCAACAACAUCACCUCGGGUCGGCUGAUGGAAGGGGCCGGAGUCGCGUCACGUUUACCUUGCAUGUCACGGAGCCAACAGCACGCGUUCCUCCAACUGCAAGUUAUUGGUUCCGUCCCGAAUGUCGUCGUCAACACGACCCAGAACCGGAACAGGAGAGUCAAGGGCAAGCUGAUAUUGUACCUGCAACAGCCAUGUCCUUCAACUGCUUCGUUCUAUCUCAACCGGCAGCCAGUACCGCUUAUCAUAGCCCAGCUGUUAAUGGAGACGCAGAUGUCAAUAACGCACCGACGUCUGGCCGGCCGUUCACUUCCUCUUUAACACGACGGAAACUCAAUCAACACUUACGAGAAACCAAUCCAGAGCUGGUGGGAGCUCAGAAUGGAGCCCAUCAACAGAACACCAGUGACGCCAUGUCAGAUAGCUCGACCACUUCUGGUGGCAAUCGUUCCAGUUUGUCAUGGGCCUUGUCGCGUUUCGCUGCAGAGACAAAGACCAGCAACCGGCCAUUAAGAGACCAACCGCAGUACAACCGGACGAAGAGUAGCCGUGAACUGAAUAACGAUCCACAGCCGCAACGAACGUAUCAGCGUUAUGGCCGUUCAUCCACUUUGGACAAUAUCGAUGCGGAUAGUUCGAUGACCAAUACAGCCCCUUCGUCUGCUUCUACCACCGGUUACUUUCAUCGAAUCGGAUCACCUUUGUCGGAUGAAGAACAACCGAAUUCGUCGGGCAUUUCGACCCCGGCGUCAUAUCGCACGUACACGAGGACCCGAAGUCGAGAAUUUAUGAGCCCGACGAGCAGCCGGGGUACGUCACCUAUUCCGACCAGCAGCAACCGGGCGACGUCUCCAUCCAUCUCGACUAUUAUUAGUGCCAGUAGUCCGGACGUAGCGCCCAUGAUGAAUCCGAUCGUCCCUCAACUGAGCACCGUGUUGGAGAACGGGCCACUGGGCGUUGAAGGUGAGAACAGUCCGGGGCCCAAACGAGCAGCGGAAAGUAAAUUAGCUACCAUCACACAUUUGACUUCAACGAAUCCAGCUCCUGCAGUGGCCGGUGACAGUGCGGAUGGAACGAAUGAACGCAAAUCACGUCGAGUUUCUCGCUUCCUGCGGCCCGAUUUCUACGAUGCUCCAAAAGAGGAGGCGAAUGAUAAACAGCGUUUCCUUAAAGCGGUCGAACAGCGUUGGGAAAAGUACAAUCCGGACGCAGGAUUGGUAGCGUUAAGUAAAACCACUUCUCAGUCAGCAGGAGCAACUGCUGUGGAACGCACCGUCACAAAAGAUCGGCCAACUUCUGGACCUUUAAACACGACGUCUCCGUUACAACCCGUUUUGCAAGCCAGGCACAAUUUGACGCCUAUUCCUGCUCCGACCCAACCGAACAUGUCAAUUCCGCCUCCUGGCAUCGCGUCGGUUGUCUUAAAACCAGUGCCUGAAGCGGCCCAAAAGGAACCAUCUCCCAAUAAUAAAAUUCAACAGCAAGUGACUCUGAAAUCCGUCAGCAUGGAGCCACCGCCUGCAGCUAAAUCAAACGGCAAUAAUUCUUCCAAGAAUUCGCCAAAGUUGACUGUGCGUCGUCAGUUUGAGCACUUGAUCAACUUGGCUGCGGCUCAAUUUCAGCGCUCUUCAUCGCCCAACAAGGUCGCUCCGGCUGUUGCUUCACAACCUUCGAUUUCUACGCCUACACCGCCUACGCCAGUUGUUUCUGCUAACGGGCAACAAGUUGCAGCCAGCAAUGCUGACUCGGUGUCGCUAGAACUGAAGCAAUUGGAAGACGAAAUUAAGAACACAGCGGCCAUUAAAGCGCAAGCGACGGCCAAACUGGAUGCUCUCAAGUACGAACAUGCUCUGAAAAGCGGAAUCGCUCCAGCCGCACCGACUGGAAUCCUUAAACCAGCCAUUCCGGUCAAACCCGUGUUUUUAGUAGCGAGACCCGUUGAAGACCUACCACCUCCAGAACUACCUGUUGUUGUUCCGGCUGAAUUCCAACCGUUCCAAUACAAGGGUUCGAAUGGAACUCUGCGUGAAUUAUCGAAUCGCAGCAGUCGAAGGGACGCGUUUUCACCACCUCCGCCCAACGAGAGCGGCCCAGCCACCAUUUCACCGUUUGCCGAUGAGGCCGUCCGCUUUGCCCGUGUCAUCAAGCGCUUCGAACCGCAACCGUACGACAACAGCUGGACCGGUGAUGGAAUGGAAAAUGCGGCUGCGGCGCCUGGAACACCAACCGACAGCUACGAGUCGUCGUCAGUGUGUUCAGAUUUACGAGGCGAUCAGAGAGAUUCCGGCGAAGAUGAAAGCGUCAGCGAGCGCAUAUUUCGUAAAAGCUUUUACUCGCGGUUCAACGAGCCGGCCAAAACGAAACACCGACGUUCCAUGAACAGAGAGCUGACCGCGGCUGCUGAAGGGGCGGAAAGUGGGGACUUGUCCAUCAGCGACUCUCAACCGGCCAUCGCUCGAAGAUCGUCGCAGCACCGGAAGAGCAUCAAUGGACGGGACGAAUCGGCCGAGGCCGUCAUGGUCCGGAAAUUCUUGUCGGCCGAUACGAGUACCGGUGGUGGCGGACAUUUUGAUCGCGAGCGUCGUCUGUCAGCUUCUCGGAGGCAAACUCCAGCGCCUUCCGAUUUCUCCGAUGUUGCAGUCGAUGUUGUCCAUCCAAGGAGGUCCAUGUCGAGAGAGGUCUCUGUAGCUCGUUCGGUCAAAGCCGACACUCAGCAACAACAGCCGCAGCAAGGAGUGACGAGUCCAACGCCAUCUGUUGCCGGAUCCGAUUCCGGAGAUCGAAGUACUAGCGGACGAGACGUGCGGCCCUACACGCGAACCUUCUCAACUUCGCGAGCGUUUGCCAGCGAUUUGCCACCUGCGGGUAAUUGCGAAUCAUAUUCGUCUGCUAGUUUGGGCCGUCGUAGCUAUUAUCCGGUGUCUUCCGCAUCGUCUUCGAAUGCGGAUCACAUCAGCAGCCUUCCACGGAGAUCCAGCAAUCGGUACAGCGUACAUGAGCAUGUUCCAGACGCCAACGUCCGUCUUCGCGCAAAUGGAUCCUUGACCAGCCGGCCGUCACGGUACUCGUCCGUGUUGUUGGAAGAAAGCGGAAGCGUUAGUAGCGGAGCAAGUGCAGGUCAUCAAACCAACAACGUUCUCUCUCCCAAUUCUAGUCGACGUCACACCAGCCUCACAGAUUCGGGAUUUACACGACGAGAAUCGACUUUUUACGGAACUCCUAGUCCGUUUUCGAGCAGGUCGGCAGGAGGAGGAGGAUCGGUGUCUGGAUCAACGUCCACGUAUUUCUUACGUUCUACCAGUAGCGGAUUGGAUCACCAUAACAGCAGCAGCACCACCACAAAUCAUGGCGGAACGUAUUCGACCUUGCGGCCAUCGAUGUUGCGUCAUCGCCGAUGAAAUUUAGCAGAUUUAAAGUUUAAAAAAUACUCCCAGUUUUAACUCUUAAUCAUUCGCGUCGAUUUAUAAUUACAUCCUGGUUUGGGCUGCUUUCUUUUGUUUAUUGUUAUCCUAUCAUUUUUUGUGCUUUAUUUAAUCCUUAUUGCUUCGCAAUCCAUUAAUAACCGAGUUGGUGAGAUGAAAAAGAAAGAUUUCAAUAGUAUAAUGAAAAAUACGUCGCGCAUUCAUCGUUCAAUUUUGUUUAAGAGUGUCACAUUUCUGAAAUGCUCCACCUGCAAUAAUGGUUGAUGCCUUUGUUUCGACUAUUCUUCAAUUGCUGCCUAAAAAAAUAAUGCGUAGAUCUGUUGAAUCACAUGUUUUUUUUUUUUUUUGCCAUUGCCAUCCAGUUUAUCCCGUGUUAUUGAGCAUAAUUGAGAUGAAAAGGCGUACAUUUAUUGCGUGUAUUACUAUAAUAUUGUGACAUACGAAUGCGUUUCAUGGAGGCUCCUUUUGUUGGUUAUUGGCUCCAAUUUCUGGCCAAUAACACGUGAAACCCGUCCGUAUAAUUGUAUUCAUCUUCUCUGUGUACCAAAAAAUGUGGAUGCAUGUAUGUGUGUGUGGCCGUGAAACAAAACAUGGCAUGCAAAAUACUACUCAAAGGAAUGCAAA